AUUGAAGGAUUGUGUCGAGUUGACACCCGUCAUAUGACAGUUGAGCGGCAAUAACCAGUCGCCGUACAAAACACUCAACAUUAUCCACUCCUCUAUUUAGAUGUCUAUGGGUAUGUCGUAAUAUCUAGGCCUAUUCAAAAAUCUUUGGUCUAGACUGUAGACUCUAUGAUCUGUGGUGAGCCUAAUUGAUUAUUGAUCUGUGGUCAAAUAUAAAGUAAAUAAAAAUGGAAGAAGCAGUUUCUGUCAAACACGAAGCGAAAAAUAUAGAUAUAAAACAGGAGAAACAAGAUAAUUUGGACAGCUACAAAUAUGAAUUUGAUUCAGGCAGUCAAGACAGCAGUAAAAGCGGUAGCGGUGGUUAUCAACGUUGGGCGCCUAAUUUGAACGGUGUGCGAAAAAGUGCAUUUACGCCGUAUAAAUCUGUUCAGUGCACUGCAUUAACAAAUUUACAACGAGGUAAUACGCAGGCGCGGGUCCCCGAACUACCCCAGCCAGAUUGUAGCUUACACGCGAAAGCUGGCCGCGGAGAAAUAACCCGUGACGACCUGAAACUGGAGCAGUAUGUUGACAUCACUGACGAGCAUGGACUCACGGCGCUACAUUGGGCGGCUAGUUACGGCCAGUUGAAUAGUUGUCAAGAUCUUGUGUGGUGUGGUGCUAAUGUCAACAUGCGGGGGCCAGAAGGAGAGACAGCACUCCAUCUGGCGGCGGCAGGGGGGCACCAUGAAGUUGUUAAGUUUCUGUUAAAUGAAGGAGCCGAUGCUGAUAUUCAAGAUGAUUCCGGUAGCACUGCACUUAUGUAUGCAGCUGCUGCAGAUUUUCCUUACACCUGCAAUGAACUACUUGUCCGAGGAGCUGAUCUUACACUUACCAACGACUAUGAUCAAGAUGCUUACACAUUGACCACAACAAAUAAUUGUAAAUUGGCACAAACUGUGAUAGAGAACUUCUUGAUUGGCUGUCUCAGUAAAAUGUGAAGGAAACCUAACUGUUCAUGUUCUGUUGCUUUGGACAACCAACACAAGAGAUUCAUUUGCAUCCAUAGUGUUAAAUAAAAAUACAGGGAUUUAGUUUUUAAUGUAAAUGUAUUAAAAUAUAUAUUGUAUAUUUUUAAGUUCAUUUUACAAAGAAUGUGAUGUGAAACAUAAUUGUAACUCAAUUACAGACAAUAUGAAACA